UAAUUUCUCUAACUGAUCUCUGAUUUUAAAAAAAAGUCCCUGAUUAGAGGCUUGCGCUGGAACCAAACGGCCAUGAGGUCUAGUUAAGUUAAAGAAAUCUAGGGCUUCUGAGGUUUACUGGGAAUGGGACAACAUACUGAACAAUGCCAAUCAGCAGUACCACUUUGGCCAACAGCUUGAGAGGUCAAAUGACAAGAAAUAUGUAAGCUAAUAGGCGGGACACACUCAAAGUGAAAAAAUAAAGCAACUGCAGUACCGUAAUGGUUUGCUGAACGCCAUAUCGGCCUGAGUCGUAUUGUUCCGAUACCCAAAUCGUAUUGAACUGAAGACAAUCUGUGUGGGCUAUGGAACGUCCAGCCUGAGGAGAGUUUAAAUGGUAACUGUUCUAUGGUAAGUUGCACUUCCAAGCAAGUAUAAUGAGAUAAUGAUAUGUGAAUGGAUUAUUGUUUUCAUGGUCGAUUAUGCUGGGCCAACCAAACUAACCAUGCAAAUAGAACUAGGUUGUGUAAAAGGAGUACUUGGGUGUGUUUGGAUGUUGUUUUCUCUCUUGAUUCACCACCACCACCUGCAAACACAGAUAAAAUCUGAGUAUUUCUGUGGUCUUUGGUAAUCUCUUCCUCACUGAGAAAUAAAAGCCUGUGUGCGCGUGUGUAUGACUGUUUUUGGCAGGAAAAUGAGUCUGUAGACUCAGUAGAGCUGAGCAUAUCGAAACUGCAUGCUUGCAUUGGGGAAUGAGGAAAUUAACAUUUCUGACCAGGUCUUACAGUACAAUUUUUAGAAAAGUGGACGUGAUUACAGGUGUGUCAACCCAUCAUAUCUUGCCUGAACAUCACCAGUACUACAAAUCUCCCAACGCGGACAAGGAACUCUGUUGCUUCUAACGGACAUUUCUCAGAAUUUGGAGCCAACGGACAAUAUUUCGGAACCGGAAUCUCAAGUGCUCAGGAUGAACACCACAUCCAAUUCCAGCAGAAGCCAAGACUACUGCCCUGUGAUACAGGACAUGGUGAAUCACACAGACACAGGCCUGAGUUGGGCCACGGUGGUUCUCCACGGCCUGGUCUCCUCCUUCAGCAUUGUGGAGAACCUGCUCAUCCUGUUGGUGGUGGGCUUUCGUGUCCACCGCUCGGUCAUCAGCGUGUGGAUCCUCAACCUGGCUGCUUCAGACCUCCUGGCCUCGGCCUCACUGCCCUUCUUCACCCACUUCCUGGCCAGUGGAAAGUCCUGGACCAUGGGCAAAACCUUCUGCAGGGUCCACUCCUCCAUCUUCUUCCUCAACAUGUUCGUCAGUGGCUUCCUGGUGGCGGCUGUUUCGUUGGACCGCUGCCUGGUGGUGCUCAAGCCCGUCUGGGCCCAGAACAAGAGGGACGUUGGGCUGGUUAUGAGAGUAUGUGGGAUCAUCUGGGCCCUGGGUGUACUCUGCACCGUACCGUAUUAUAUUUUUCGGGAUACCAUAACCCGGGUUGACGGGGGGAUCAUGUGUUACUAUAAUUUUGUCCAGUAUCGCCCCGCUGGGGAUUUUGACCUCUUAAAACUGUGUGGUGCUCGCCAAGACACCCUGGCCUACACUAAACUCGUCCUGGCCUUCAUAAUCCCUCUGGUGGUCAUCGUGGUGAGCUACGUUUUUGUGACCGUGGAAAUAGCGCGACGUGGCCGCAACUGGCACUCUUUCCGAUUUGUGCGGCUGGUGGUUGCAGUGGUGGUGAGCUUCGUGGUCUGCUGGGCCCCGUACCACAUCUUCAGCGUCCUCGAGGCCAUAGCCCAUUAUCGCCCCUCCCUCCGGGAAGUCGUCGCCCGCACCCUGCCACACACCGCCAGCCUAGCCUUCCUGAACAGUGUGCUAAACCCCAUUCUCUAUGUAUUCAGCUGCCCGGAUCUGUGCGCUAAGAUUAGACAGUCCCUGGGAGCGGUGCUGGAGAGUGUGCUGGUGGAAGACCUUGGAGAGCUUGCCCGACGACGCAGCACCCAACACUCCAUCAGCACCUCCGAGGUGCUGCUGAAAGAAAGAUCUGUCAAAAACAGCCACAGCCUGGCAGGUGGGGACUAGUGUGCAGGAAAGAGGAGGCGAUACUGCACACCCCCUCUGACUGAUGUGUUCUUAGGGGAGCUGUGUUCCUGUAAACUACAAAACGCUCAGUGAUGUAUUGGUGUUAUUGGACUUUUGUGUCAGUAUUAUAUAUAGCAUAUAUCUGCUUACAUGUCAUAGUGGUCAAAUUUGAGAUAUGGGAGGGGGGCAGGGCCCUACAUUAAUGCGCAUUUGUCAUUGCAUAAUGUUAAUGCAUAAUGGGGUAGAACAUACGUUUAUCUGCUCAAUUCAACAUACAAACACACAUGUUUUCUAAAUUAUAGGUUAUUCUGGCUGUGUUCACAACUCACUUGGAUCUAUAAAAAGGACUGUUUUUGAGUGCAUCCAAUAGUCUUGGCCCUAGACCAACAAGGAAAUAGUUCCCGUGGAAUUUAAUUGCAAUGAUGAAGAUCCUGAAUAGUGGUUAUUUUUAGAUCAUGAGAUGGUGCCAAAGGUUUCUCUCCUUAGAAACAUUUAAAACUGUGUUGCCCAGUAUGGUUAAGGUAUGUGGGGAGCCAUACUGAAUCUAUGAUCAUAUUAUAAUGCAACCUGGUCUCAGGGGUCUCUGUGAUACCUAACCCAAACCAAACCUUAACCUAACUUUUUUAG